AUAGUCUUGGACAUAAAAAAAAGCCUAUGAGAUUUUUCAAAUUAAAAUUCUAAGAAAAAAACAGUUGGCUAAAGGAAAUCGCUUGUUCUGAACCACUCAUCAACAAGAUACGGUUCCCUUCAUCUCCACCUCAACCUCCAACUUUCACGGUGGAGUGUGGUGUUGCAACCCAAAUGGCAGCAGCAGCAACAACCCUCUUCUCCACCCCAAUAUUACCCCAUCACCACCCAAUAUCCACCCAAUCCUUUUCCUCUACCAAAUCAUGGCAGCCGUUGCUCACCAAAUCUCCACUCAUCCUCCUCCGAGCUUCCUCCACAACUCCCACCGUAGAUAAACAAGAAGAAGAAGAAGAAGACAACACCUCUUCCGACCAAUCUCAACCCAUCAACUCAAUCCCCAUUGGGGGUUGUCAGGGAUGUGGGAAAGCAGAGAUGGAGAGGGGAUGCAACGGUGAAGGAAGAAUUCAAGGCGGAAUCGCAACCGUGCCGGGGUUCGGGUGGUGGCCCAUUAAAGCUUACAGGCCUUGCCCUGGUUUUGUGGCCACUGGUGGUCGGUAUCGCCGCCAAGGCCAGAGUAUGGAUGAGGUUGCUGGCUUUGGAAGUGUACCGAGAAAACCGGCUAAUAUGACCACCACCGCCACAGCCACCGUCAGUACUGAAACUCCAUCAAGUGAGAAGAAAGAAGGGCCUAGGAAAUUCAAGAGAUGAAAGAAGUUGAGUUAAUAGAAUGAUAAAAAAACCUAUAUGAUAUUAUGGGUUUCAUACAUGUUAUCAAUGGUUUCUUCUACAAAUUCUUGUACAAAUCAUGUAGUAGAUCUUAUAAUCAAAUAAACAAUUGUUAUAAAUCAUUUAGGUUGAUACUCGAUUUUGUACCUUUUUUGUUUCUCGAGACCUCGAAGCUCAAGUUUGAGUA